UAAUCGCUGGAAGCAUUAAGGGGACACCGGUCGCAAAUUUAAAGGAGCCAGUUAAGCUCGUUUUCACAAGUAUUUCUCAGAAAACUGGAAAUAAAAACAGUCCUUUGUGUUCCUUUUGGGACUUUAGUCUGGAAAAUUGGUCACAGGAAGGCUGUUGGCUUGAACGAGUUUUGGAUAAAGGAAGAUCUAGAGUUCUUUGCAACUGUAAUCAUAUGACCAACUUUGCAAUGCUAAUGGACACGACGGCAACCACGAAUACCCCUACACACCAUAAGAUACUUGGUGUAGUCAGUUACGUUGGGUGCGCUCUAUCGUUGGUUGGACUAUUUAUGACAAUAAUCGCGACACUAAGAGCGAGAGAGCGCAGGAAAAAGGUCCCAAGCAAGAUUUUGUUGAACUUCUGCAUCGCCUUGACACUAAUGAUAUUCGUAUUUAUGGUUGCGGCGGAGAAGGCCAAAUCCACGUUUUACGGCUGCACACCUGUUGUGAUCGUAGCAAUCACAACGAUAGUUGCAUUGGAUAAAUAUGGCGACACGAAAUCAUAUUGUCGACUGCUGGGCGUACCAUUCAUCGUGGCAAUCGUCACUCCAGCUGUCGUCGUAUUCGUCGGGAACAUCGUGGCUUUCUGUGCAAUCAUACGAUCGGUCCUAGGUUCGUUCAACCACAAAACAACGGGCUACCACAAAGCUCGUCGGGGCAUUGCAAUUACGGUUCUCCUUGGAUUGACCUGGCCUUUUGGUUUUCUGGCGAUUGGCGACUUUAAACUAGCAUUCCAGUAUCUGUUCUGCAUUUUAAAUACAUUACAAGGACUGUUUAUUUUCGUCUUUUUCAUCUUGUUGCCCUUUGGUACUAACGGUAAACUGAGAAUCACGCCAAGAAAUACCAACAUCCAACGAAGUGAUACUCAAAUCAAAUUGUUGGUGAUGAAACAAAAGCCACAAACCGCCGGAACGGAUAAUUCUUACGAAGAAAAACAUAAAAACUGAAAACUCCAUAUGGAACCGACAAGCGAAUGUUUGCAAAAAAAAUCAGUGUUGGAUGCUGAAAUGAAUUGUGAAG